UAGGAAGUGGAAUAUGGCAAAUGGUUGCCUCCUUCUUCUCCUGGCCAGUAGCAGGAACACAUUGUAUCAUUUUCGGACUUCUCGGCUUUACUGUUACUGCUAAAGGAACUGAUGGUAUCAAGAACACCCAGGCGUUUAUCCAGAUAGUUUAUAUGCUCUUCGUGUCCAUUAUAGUCAGUAUGGUCGCUACUGCUCUUGUCUACUAUCCUCUAUACAAAUACUGUAUCAGAACUGGUUCUCCCUUCAGUGGCAUAAACAAGAUUGUUUAUAGUAUUAUAACCGGUUUAUCAGUAGGAAUUCCAGUUUGUUUCAUAAUUCUGCAGUCAAAUAAAGCUUUCGACAUUUUCAGCAAAAUUUGGCCUUCCACGGACCAGGACACGUGGAUUGUCAUAGGUAUCGGACUGGGUGUAUCCUUUCUUGUUACAUUGCUGGCAAUAUUUGUAACUCUGCCGUAUCUCAAGAACUGUAAAGGAGACUUCAAGCUUGAUGCAGAUAUAAGGUUCUGGACGAAGAAGAAGACGGAGUUGCUGGAAGCUGACAAGAUGAAGAUGAAGGAGGAAAUGAACGGGAACUUGUGCCCCGAGGCUGGAGAUACCAAGGAGGAGGAGGAGGAGGAAAAGGAGGAAGGAGAUUCUCCGGAGAUAAAAAGAAUAUUCAGACCUUUACAAAUUAUCUCAGCAAUGACGAGUGCUCUAGUCCAUGGAGGGAAUGAUGUAGCGAACUGUAUUGGUCCUUUUGUUGUCAUUUAUUUGGUUUUCCAGGAAGGAGUUAUUGAUGAGAUUUCAUACAGUUCUCCCUUCUUGAUCUCCCUGUGGGGGGGGAUUGGAAUAUCUCUGGGUCUAAUCUUCUAUGGGAAGAAAGUUAUAAUAACUAUGGGAUCUGGAAUCAGUUCUAUGACUCCCUCUCGAGGGUAUUGUGUAGAGUGGGUUGCUUCAUUAGUGGGAUUAAUCUUUACAGCUACAGGUUUAAUGAUCUCCACUACUCAGUGUAAAGUGGGAGGAUUAAUAGGAGCAGGGUUAGCUCAGGGUUUGGUGGAGACAGGGUCUCCGAGAGAAGCCUUGAAAUAUGUCAAUUUUAAAGUUUUAUCAGGUGUUCUCUUCUCCUGGAUUCUCACUAUUCCCGUCGCCUUUGGUCUCUCUUCAGUCAUCUUCCUUCUUCUUAAAUACGUUCUAUUGUAACCAGUGUGUAUCUCAUGCGUAUUGCGUAGAGUUACAAUUGCGUACUGCGUAGAGUUACUUAUCAAUUAAUGAGAUUUCGUCAUAUUACAAGGUGUCUCAAAAAAACAUGGGAAGUAGCCGUCUCUGACUUAAACAAAUUGCAUUUUUCCAUUAUUAUUUUCUUAAAACAGGGCUGACUUUGCACCUGCAAAAUUGGUACAAAAUUGUCUUAUUUAUCUUAAAAUAUUAAAAUAGACUAAACUAUAUUAAACAUCCAAUUUUCCGUUAAUUUAGAAAAGUACACAUUAUCUAAUAAGACAUUCAACCUUUUUUACCUUCGGAAAUCUUAGAAUCGAUAGCUUUUUUUGCCAUUUUAAGAGACAUUCGGUCUAUGAAUGGCGUACUAUUGUAAAAAAGUAAGUGUACUUAUGAAUUACACGUCACAGUUGACCAAUUAUCCUUUGUGGGUAACCUUAUGCAUUUAGGGAGAGACGCAUGACUUAGUUAAUUGUUUCGCAUUUUAAUAUUUUAUCCAGGACAAAUUAUUGCAAAAAAUCCUGGAAAUAUUUUAUAAUUGUGAAUACAAAUGUUUUAACGUACAAUAUGUUAUGUAAUCUCUUCUAAGCACAAAUAAACAAAACGUUAAUUAGG